AUGGCUACUGCAACCCUCUUUCUGAUAAUUUCUGUACAACUAUGUUCAGUCAUGGUGUUAGCUCAGCAACACAAAAGUCCAAAGACACUUACCUACCUCUCUGUGACGGAUGAUCCUCCAGAACUACAAAAUGUUCUAGGUCAUGGCGACUCUAUGCCAGAUUUUGUUCGCGACUUCCUCAGUUUUCGAGAUGUUCCCAUCGCAGGAGUGGAUUAUGAAUUGAGACCAAUACCAAUUCCUGUUCCUGUUCACUACGAAAUACCUGUUCAGAGACCCUCUGGGGAUCUGGAAGGGAGGUCUCCCUCUGAACUGGCAGACAAGGCCCCCGUUUCUAGUCUCGAACAUCCACAACAUGGUCCAGGUCAUAGAUAUAUAGAAGGUUAUGACCAAAGGUCAAUACCUCAUCCAAGACCUGAAGUAAUAGUUGCUGAAUACCCUGAGUACAAUGAGAGACCAACUAAUCCUGAAACACAGGAAGACACUAAAUACCCACAACAUUAUAUUGGCGCUGAACCAGCCGUAGGAUAUCAGGGCGAAACAGGCCCUACCUAUAAAGCCCAACCGUAUGGAACACGUAUAAAGCCUAGUGAAGAACAAUCGACACAAAACGGUAAUAUUUACCAACUUUAUCCACCAUCCAGGGAAUUUACAGAACAACAGUAUCCAUCUUCUGACCAACCUUCAUCCAGCCAAUUCAACUCCCAAGAAGUACCACAGACGUACUAUGAGGUUGGACAACCUCAGUUUGAAAGAAAACCACUCCAGGAACAACCAGGUCAAUAUACACAGUUAGAGAACCGCAGUCCUCCAUCACAACCAAUAUACUAUUCAAGACAAGAGAUCCCCGAGCAGUUACCUGAAAAACCUGUUAAUGUAAAGUACAUUGAUUCUUCUCAGGAAGCUGCAUCAUAUUACAAUCGAGGUGACGAAGACAAUUCUCCAAACACCUCAGGUGAAAGACAGUAUCAGCCUCCUCCUCAACAACCUGCCUAUGUGUACGAAAGACAAGAAGAAGUACCAGAAGAGUCACUUACACCGCAAUACCGUCCCGAACCCUCUGUCGACCGAAAUACACCACAGUAUUCAGUACAAGCCCCUUACUCGGACUCCAGAGAGAUUCAGUCUGACCAGCUGUCUUACCCAAUAGCUCAACAACCUGAACCACGUUAUCUUCAACAACAACCUGAACCUGUUUAUGAAAAAGAAUCCCGAGAGUAUCAGAACCCAUCGCGUGAGAGUUAUGAAGCCAGACCUCCACUUUCAGUGCAGUAUUAUGAUAAUCAAAAAUACGCUGGCACUUCUCCCUAUAAUUAUGACAGCCGUACAACCGAUAAAGAAGAGUCAGACAAAGCGCGGAGUUCUUCCGAACCACCCCCUGUGAAAAAUAGUCAGUUCAAUAACGCCUAUAGCCCCGCCUUCUCUGGAAGCCAAACUGGGACGUUUUAUAAGAUUCCAAGUUCUUUUGAUUCUCUUAUUGACACUGAUACUAGUUUCCUGGAAAAGAUCAGACCAGUAGAACAACAGAGUUCAGAACAGCAACAACGUGAAGAAAGUGUAUACUACCCCAAACCUUCUUCAUCUGAAGGAUACGUAGAGUCAGCUAGGCUUCCAUCUUCAACAUCAGCCAAACACUCCAGUUCUCCUUAUGCUCAAGAAUACCGUUAUCACCCACCAGCUCCCACGUCAUCCGUUACAGACGUACAUUCACCACAUACUCAUCCAUCUUAUCAAGCCCUGUCCGACGACAGCCUGGAGCAUAAAACGACAGGCUAUACCUACGAAGACUUGGUAAAUAAUCGUCGUCUCCCUGGUGAGCCAAUAAUCUCUUAUCGACGGGAAGAAGACACCCUACCCCUUCCACAACGCUUGCUACGUGCUCGAAAGCCAGUUUUACCUGUUCCUGAGCAAGAAGUAUAUAGAAAGAACGGAUCGAAUCCGAGAGAAAGCUACUCGUAUUCUUUCCAUCUACCCAGUGAUAAAGAACUAUCCAUAUUGGACUUCCGGACCGGAAGUAAAGACGGAAAACCAACCAAGAAAGCUGACCGGAUUCAGGGCAGCAUACACAGAGGUGUGCGAAAAAUUGACGAAAAAAUGCCCGAAAAACGUAAAGAUGGAUCUCUGAAGGGUCCACUAGAAAAGAACACUGAACUAUCUUCCAGCAGAGUUUCGUUUUCUGAAGAGGAUGUCCAGCUUUCGAAGCGCACCAAGCGAAGCAUACAGUAUACAAGAACAGAUGCCACGCCCAAUAAAAUGAAAAGCGCGACUCUUGCACAGAAAUACGGCCGUUCUUCUAAGCAUCCUUCGGUGUUUAAGUUCUUUCGAGUAGUCAGCUUGGGAGGUCCUGCAGGUGCAAACCAAACGGUCUUAGUUGAUUCGAGGAUAUUCACAGACAAGCAUGGUUCUCCCGUUCAAAUCCUCACCGAAACUCGUCCCCAUUUUGAAAAAAGUAGCGAAUCAAAUCGCGAACAAAACAUCAAAACUGAUGAAACUCCCACGUGUGCUAAAAACACAUCUCUCUACUGCCUCGAAGAUGAAGAUUAUCCAAGAGAUGUUAUUUUCGAUGCGCUGUCCUCCAAUCAAAAGAUCGCAGACUUGUUAAAAACAAAACGUCUGACAGACGAAGAAGCUCCGGAACGCCAUCUGCCGAAGCAAAACGGAGAUUUACAAUGCCCUUUGAUAAGAAGAAAAGUGUUUCCUCUUCGAGUGAAGGACACAAAAGGACUCUGGCAAAUCGUAGUAAAUGUGGAGGGAUUCCGACAAGGAGUGUGGAUAGAAACUUGUGUGUUCCUUGAAGAUAGUAUUGAUGAUGAAUCCCGGACCAUGUCAACAGAAUGCACACAGAACCUGAGCGUCCGUCAGCUUUGGAUCUACAGUCCGGAAACUGGUUUUUCUCUCGAUACUUUCUGGUUGCCAUCUAACUGUACCCAAACUGUAUAACCUAACCAGGACCCACUUUAUUGAUUUCUAAAUAAUGACUUAGUACGAUUUUAUGUGUGUUUUUAGUGGAGUUAUUCUGUUUUAAUUAGCAGUGGUUAAAUUGUAGGGGAGCUGCAUUUCCUGCUCCCUCUCCUAACUUGGUCAGAUGUGUUUCUAUGUCUGUGAUUAAAAGAGACAUAUAUCGAUAAGAGAUCAAUUAUACAAAAAGGAAGAGAGGAAGUUCCUCAUUUUUAAACAUUCCAAUUCAACUACUGUCAAUCACACCUUUGUUAAUCAAAGCUGUUAACAAUAAGCAGAAGUAUGACAUUUUUAUCCAUAACAUUUACUACUCUACAUUUUCGGAAUGUUUUUUUUAAAUCAAAUCGGUAACUAAUCAUCGAUCUUACCCGAAGAUUGUUGACUGGAAAACAUAAUUACUUAUUUUAAAAUGUAUUACAUCGAAAUUGUUCAGGUUUAUACCGUUUUUCAAGUUAAUGAACUUGAAAAAAAGAAUAGACUAUAAAUGUUAAAAUUUCAACCCUUGUUAAACAUAUCAAACAACGCUAAAAUUCAUGAACGUGAACCAAACACGUUUCGGUGAUGACGAACAUCUGAAAGAAAUGAUAAUUAUAUUUCUUACAGUAUAGAACUGACCCCCAUUUUUCUUGUUUUACAAAAUUUGGAGCGUGAAGUAGAUUUUUGGGAUUCUUUGAUAUGAAGUGACAGUUUAAAGGCACGCCCUAAGAUAAUCUACCGACUCGCAUUACAUCCCUAAAGAACGAAGUUUGCCUUCAGACCAUCGCUGUUAUAAAACCGAUAAUAACUUUCUCAAUUAAAUAUUGUUUUUUAAAGUUAAGUCGCUGGUAUUGAGCCAACAGUUCUUUCACCAGUCGAUUCUGUAGGACAGUAAAUAACUGAUAAUUGUACAGUGUUUGAAAACAACCGUAAAAUAUUACUUACUUUCCUGUUUUGUAUUUCUUUGUUGAUUCUUUAUUGAUGGUUUGAGAUGAAGAUCCUUUACAAGUAUUUUAUACAAGACAUACUGAAGUAAUGACAACACAAAGAUCUAUUUUUGUUAAGACGUAGGACAAUGACAAGUAAAAAGUGUAAGAAUAACGUACUAA